AUGAAUGAAGAUUUUGAGUUAUCCAAGAAGAAACCGUCCUUCAAAGAGAAGAUGGUUGGUGGAAGUGUGUGUAAAGGAGAUAUGGAAAUAGUUCUAAGAAGUAUGGGGAUUUUUUGCAGUCCUGAAGAAGGGAAGCUUCCAGAAAAAUUGGAUGCUAACGACCUUUACGACAUGUUUGUGGAGAAUAAUCCUUGUUUGGAUGAAGUGAAAUUAGCUUUUGAUGUGUUUGACCAGAACAAAGAUGGAUUUAUUGAUGCAAGAGAGUUGCAAACUGUUCUAUGUUCUCUGUGCUUAAAGGAAGGAUCAGAGAUAGAGAACUGCAGGAGAAUGAUUAGGGCGUUUGAUGCAGAUGGAGAUGGGAGAAUAAAUUUUAAUGAAUUUGUAAAAUUAAUUGAGUGUAGCUUUUAA